AUGAAUUUGACAAAUAAUAAUAAAAAUGAUAUUAUAAAUGACAAAUAUGUAAAUUUUAAAAUUUUUAAAAAAGGAGAAGAUUUAAAUACCCAUGAAAAAACAUUUAUGAAAGUCAAUACAUAUUUAAAUGAGGGAAUUAUACCUAAAUGUAUUGGAAUGGGAAUAGGAGGUGGAAUUGUGGGUAUUUUUAUUGGUGCUUUUUUUUUUAGCAUGCAACCUAAUAAUAUAGACUAUAAUUUAAGUUAUAAAGAGCAAUUAAAGGAACAAUUUUCUAUGUUUAAACAAUCUAUUAAAAAUAGCUGUCGUAAUUUUGCUAAAAUUGGAUUUUUAUUUUCUUUUUAUGAGAACUCUUUACAAAAAAUUAGAGCAACAAAGGAUUUAACAAAUACAUUAUAUUCAGGUUGCUUAACAGGUGCUACUAUAUCUUAUAAAAAAGGACUACCCUCAAUGGUUAGUGGAUGUGCUAGCUUUGCUGCUUUUUCAGCUGUUAUUGAAAAAUUACAAAGAUCAAACAAAUUUUAA